ACGUCCUGGUGAUCGGUUGUGCGUUAACCUCUCCGCGCCACGUUUACAUCGUGAGUCGCCCUCCUCUCCCACUCUCUUCCGCCAACCCUCGCUCUCCCCCCCCCCCCCGCCCCCCUCACCGCGGCGCCCCUCAUCAAGGCUAUUCCGACGACCGAAGUUCGGGUUUUUAACGCUUCGUGCAGCAUGGCGCUGACUGUACCGCUGUUCAAGAUUCUCCGUGGAUCGCCGCAACUGCCUAUGGAUAUACGUGGACACGACUACCAACACUGAUAUCGCCGUUGCUCCUGCUAGUCGGCUGCCCUGUCGCUCGGCGGUGACUGGAUUAUUCUCUGUGGAUCUUUAUAUGCAUUGUUUUCUCAUGCCGUGCUUAGCCUGGGAUUAUGUUCAAGCAGUAAAACAAUAGAAGGCGAAAGGGAGAAGGGAGAUAGAGAAGAAAAAAAAGUAAAACUGAGUUGUAAAUAUGGCGGGUAUGGGAAGGAGAACGUAUCUUCGAGAUGUGAACCCCUAUUUGAUAUGUCCUCUCUGCAGAGGAUACCUUGUAGAUGCCACUACUGUCGUUGAAUGCCUUCAUUCGUUCUGUAGAAGCUGCAUACUAAAGCAUUUGAGUGCAGAAGCUCAUUGUCCAACGUGCAAUCAUGUCCUCAAUAAUGCCAAACCCGAUAUCAAGGCUGACAAGGCAUUACAGGACAUCGUCUAUAAAUUGGUACCCGGACUUUAUCACAAAGAAAUGCGGAGAAGACGGGAAUUCUAUAAGAAACACCCUGAGCACGCCGAUUCGGCCACGCCAGAACAAAGAGGCGAGGACGUUAGUGGGAGAUUGAUUUUUGCCCCCGAAGAUGCAGUAAGCUUGAGUCUGGAGUACUUGCCACCCGGUGCCGACCCCUUGACCUUGGGGCCGACGACCAACGAUGUGGAUUCCAUACAUCGCAAUAUAAAUAAUAACAACAACAACAACGAUAACGCCAAUAGAAGAUAUCUCCAGUGUCCAGCGCUGGUAACAAUCGCGCAUUUGAAGAAAUUCUUGGCUCUCAAGUACAGUGUUGACUUAACUCGAUACACCAUAGAAGUUUGCCAUCGAACUGCUCCUCUGCCUGAACACUGGACCCUCAUGGACGUCGCCUAUAUGUAUGCGUGGAAAAGGAAUGCACCGAUGAGAUUUUUCUAUCGCAUCGCGCAAGAAGAACCCCGGCUGGAGGCUCCGCCUUACGAUCGACCAUCGACUCCAGGCCUUGGGGCAAGUUUACCUCCUGGUGAUUCAGCUCCAAUUGAUACCAAUGAUAUCAAACAUGAGAAAGAUUCUAAACAAAUAGUUGUCGAUACGAAAGAAGCACCGCAAGUAAAAAGUCCCAUAAAGAUAUUGAAAAAUUCUGAAGGUCGGUACGAGGUUCUAAAAAGUCCUACAACCCGGAAUCCUCUCAUUCCCACGAGUGGCAAUAGUUUGGAACAAAAAAAUCUUAGUCCCGAAUUCAGUGUUGUUAGUAUCGGCGAUGGGCAGAGUUCGAAUGGAGUUAAAAUUACACUCAAGCAGUGCUUGCCGAAUACUCUGUCCUUGAAGAAACCAAAAGUAAUCAGUAAUGUUAUGCUGCGUCGCUGUCCAAUAAAAAACGAUAUUCAAAAGCCUUUAAAUAUGGAGCAGGUCCAGCGGCAAAGGUCUACGAACCAGGCAAAAACACCGAUCACUGGGGAUAAAACUGUGACGGGAAAAGAAAAAACAAGUGUAAAAGAUGCCGAGAUAGAAUCGCAACAGGAUAAGCAAAAGCGUAAAGUAACUUUUGGUGAAACACCUGCCGUGUCUGCGUUACCUAAAGUCAAACUGAAUGGCGACUGUGGAACUGUGACUAACAAGAAACCAGCAGAGCUUACAGAAAAGAAACAGUUCCUUCAGAGCUUUCAACUCGCAGCCAGAGAUUCUAAGAAUGAAACACCGUUGCUAAAGGACUCGGUAAAAAAUGUCGCUCCUAAAGUUGAUGUUUAUACUUUUCCAAACGAACCUUCUCCACUGCCGGCUGGUGCUGUUAAGAGAAAAUGCCCCCCUGGUCUGCCUAUAUUCGAAGCUAAACGACGAAAACUUCCGUUCCAAAAUCAGCCGAAAAAACUUACCGUCAAACCAUUGAACAGGCUGAAAACUAGCCAACAAUCGCAAAUACCGAAUUCUACCAGUUCGGGUGUAAAUUGCUGUGGGAAUCCUGCGGGGACGACGACACCGGCUACGUUGGUAGCUGUGAGCACUGCUUGCGUCAAGUCUGCUAGUCCCAAUGUUUACAAUAAUACUCGAAAUUUAUUGGAUGGCUGCGGACUGAAUAUUCCGGCUAGCCUUAGUAUAACACUGACAGCACCAAAGUCGCCAAGUAGUAGUAACAGCGCUGGAAUCGACCCCGGAAACUUGAAGGACAAUCAGAUGAGCCUGUUGAAUAAGGUUAACCCAAGCAUUACGUUAAACGAUCGAUCAGUAGACCCGAGAGUCCUGAAAGCCCUGAAAACGGGCCAGAUUCGAAUGCCAGCGCCGAGUAAAACAAAGCCGAGAAAUCAAUCUGAUAGGGAAAUAAAGAUCAGUCCUAAACGAAAAAAGGAUCAGGACCAGCUAGGAGAAGAUGCUCUAGACCUUAGCGGUGGCAAGAAAAUUGACAUUCAUCCGCUCAGGAUCCCCCAGCCAGUUUCAAAGCCCAAAGGUAAAUCCGCCGCAGCCGCUACCAGGGAGAAUAACACUGCUCUAGGACAGGUCGUCACCCUCGUUGGCGGACAACGGUAUUACAGAGCUCCGCCUGGGUCGCUCACACCGGCCGUGCAUCGAGUAACUGAUAUUGCUCCACCCGCGAGUACCCGAACUCCUGUUUACGCUCCGUCUUGUCUUCCUAGCCCCACCGGUAGCAGCAGAUCAAGUCUGUCGUCUGUUUUUCCCAGUCUACAGAGCCUGUUUGCUCUUAGCCAAGCGCAAAAUAGACAACAGUUACAAAUCGAGGCUAGACUUAGGCUGCCCCAAACAGAUGGAAAUUCCCCUAACAGUCCGAGCAAAAGCCAUCUCGCUGCUCAGUGUGCACCCAUAAAACCGGCAAGAUCUUCUGUCACGUCAUUGGCAGUUCCCAUUAUUAAACAACCGAACAACGCGCCUUUGCCUUGCGAGGGAACGCUGCGUUGACGGUGUUUUCGAUUUUUGUUUUUUUUUUCUCUCAGUAUCACAAACAAUGUUAGUAAAGUGUGAAAUUAGUGUAAACUUAAUUCUAUAUGUCUCUCGCGAUAUAUUGGCUACCAAAGACUUGGACAUUUUUUUAUUGGCUUACUAAACUUCUUUAUACCAGACUGAAGCAUGCGGCAAAGCGGGUAAAUAUAACGACGCUGCUGUUUAUUUGAUAAGAAUAAUGAUCUGACGUUUGCGUUGAAGGCAUUAAAAAACAGUUCGAGGAUAGGGACGGACUAAUAUGAAUAUGAAUAGUGAAUAUUGAUUGGUUUAUUAUUAAUUUAUUGAACUGAAAAAGUGAAAAAAGUAUUUGUAGGAUUAUGUGAAUAGGCUGUUUGAACGGAAAAUAUUAUUUUCGCUGUCUCAAUUGUUAUUAACGACACUCUUCUCAACUACCAAAGUUCUAUCCCUUUGCGAAGUUUUUACGAGUUUUUUGGUGUUUAGCUAACUAAACAAAUUUAAAACUGACAUAUGCGGAAAAAUUUUUCUAGUUAUGAUAAAUAUAUAUCAGUAUUGUGUCUUGAAUCGAAAUAGAGUAAUUUGUGGCUAUUGUUGUUGAUAUCUUAGUUCUCAUUCUAUUUCGUUGAUUGGUUAUUGCAUUGAAUGAUAAUAUUAUCAGUAAUAAUGAUGAUUGUAAUAUUGUUACUCCACGUAUAUUUAUGUGUUUGUAUUAUAUUUUAUAUAAUAUUAUACUCAUGUCUAUUAAUAAUUUUUUUUGUAUCGAUUAUGUAUAUACUAUACAUACUAUACAUACAUACUAUAUAACACAAAGGAGCAUUAUCUGAUGUGAUUUGCAAAUUAGUUUAUAAGGCAUGACAUUAUACAUACUAUUUUAAUACAAUCAUCGAUAACUAUGAAAGAGUUAUUCAUUGAAAUUCAACAGUGUCAUAAAACUGACACUGCAUAGUAAUGGGAUCAAUGUUACGUAUACUGCUGCGCUCGAUACGUGUAUAAUAUAUUGUGUACAAGAGCUUGAAUAUUCGUGCAUAGCGUGAAAGUUUACGCAAAAUGCACAAUCAUCAAAUGUUAAAUAUACUUGAAAAUAUAUCGUACCUUGGCGACAAAGGUGACACGACUGAAAAAACACUUAUGUUAAGUACGAGUAGAAGAAGAAAAACAAAACUUUCAAAAGUUUGACGGGGCAAUCUAUUGGUCUUUGAAGGAAACUAUUAUUAUCGAAAAGUCCAUUCAUACUGAGUAGGAUGACUCGAAUCAAAAUUGAAUUUGUUUGGUUGCACCUUUAGUGGUAGAAACUAAGAGUGCUUUGAAUUAUGUCACUAUUGUUAAUUUGUAAAUUUUUUUUUGAUUAGGUUAUUACAUAGUU